AAAACAAAUCCCAACCAGAUUGAAAUAAUUAAUUUCUAUUCAUCGAAAGCGCCAGCAAUGACAACAGCCAAAGAAAAAUCGGAAAGCGAAUCCCUCGAGUGGUCACCGGAAGAUGAAGUACAGUUGUUUUUUGCCAUGGACGGUCUCAAACCGGUCGGAAUCAAUCGCCAUUUCACCAUCGUUUGUAUUGCGGACCGGCUUUCGAAGGCACUCAACAGGGAAAUCAGCAGUGAAACCAUUUGGUCCCAUCUGAGAACAAUGUACAACCUGAAAGCGUUGGACGAACUAGAGCAACUUCCGUUUCCGAAUGAAGAAAGUGAUUUUUGCCUCCCGGAGACGGAUUUCUCAUCCGAAAUGAAGCGCAAGUCGAUCGAAGAGCCAAACACAGAGGAAGCUAAAAGAUCGGAUUCAAAAUCGGAUCCUGCUCAAAAAAUUUCGAAAGACAAAGAGCAGGCGGACAAGGAAAAGGAUAAGCCAACUGACAGAGAGAAAGAUACUAAACCAACAAAGACCAAAGGCGAAAAUGUGGAUAAUACACCGAAGCGACCGCAAAAGCGCACUCGUGGUUCAAUGUCUCUGGAGCCGAACAUUGGUAGCCCAGCAAGUACGCCUCCUAAUGUACAGAUUACCAAAAGAAGACGUAUCUAAAUGUCCAUAAUAACUCUAGAUGUAUGAUUAGGAAACUUACUUUAAGUUGCUGAAGCUCUAGCCAAACUAAUUAUGAAGUCAACUAGCAAAACCAUAAAGGAAUUUAUUUGAUCUUUAGGCGCUAGGCUGCAGGCAGUUUUUCUUUCAUUGAAAAACUAAAUAGUGUGGUGAAGAAAGGUAGCAUUCAACUGAAAUUGACUUUCGCUUAGGAUUCAAACACGCGUCAAUGAUUUAUGCAAUUUCAAAAGCAGUUUUUAUGCUCAAAACAAAAAGCUUUUGAAAUCAAUGACGCGUGUUUGAACCUUAAAUCCUUACAAUGUGAACUAGAUGCUGCAUUUAGUCCAAUAAUUGCUACUAUAAAAGUUAUCUAUAAAUAUUAAGAUAUCAUUUAAAAUUCCCAAUAAUAUUGUCGAUUGUAGGAUCGUAGUAAACUGUAUAGCAAUAGGUAUCCUUGAC